AUGAACGCCUUCAUGGUGUGGUCCCGCGGGCAGCGGCGCAAGAUGGCCUUGGAGAACCCCAAGAUGCACAACUCUGAGAUCAGCAAGCGCUUGGGCGCCGACUGGAAACUGCUGACCGACGCCGAGAAGCGGCCGUUCAUCGACGAGGCUAAGCGACUGCGCGCUGUGCACAUGAAAGAGUACCCGGACUAUAAGUACCGGCCGCGCCGCAAGACCAAGACUUUGCUCAAGAAGGACAAGCAUCAGCCAGGUAAAACACAUUUUAUUUCAACAAUAAAAGUUUCUAAGUCUUCAUGUCAAGAGAUGCUGCAGAGGUUUGCUGUUAGUCAUGGAGUGAGUGAAUGGGAGAAACUGUACUCGUACUCGCGGGUGAAGCUGACCUGA